UGAUUUAAGUCAUUGUAAGUUCAUUCUGUCGACUCGGUGCUGUUGCUUGGUGGCACAAUCCAAAACAUAUAAGGUGUUAUAUUGUUGAAUGUGUUUCUAUACGUAUGUUUACCUUUGUACUAAUCGUGCAACCCUAUUUGAAUGUUUUAAUGCAGGUAUGGGCUCGUUGCUAGACCCUGUUAUCGACGUGAGCCACUGGUCUUUCGCCGCAGCAGUUUAGCGCCGAGCCCUUGGAGUGCUACGACCGCGUCCACCAGGAGAGGUCAUCUCUAUACACCAAGAUUGGGUCGAAAGGUUACGUGAGUGCGGUCUACUGACUCUGGGCCGUCUUGUGGAGGGUGGGAUUGUGAAGCUCGACCGAUCCCUCCUGACGGCGCUAGUGGAUAGGUGGAGGCCGAAGACUCACACGUUCCACCUCCCAUGUGGGGAGCUGACUCCGACGCUGCAGGACGUGGCCUACCUACUGGGUCUCCCUAUCGUCGGUGAUGCCGUAGGUCCGCGUGUGGUGCCGGCUUCGUGGAAGGAUGACCUGGAGGAGCGCUUUGUUCCGGUACAGCGCGUGGCAGCAGCAGGACCGAUCAACCCGCACCCGCGAGCCGUAGGUCCUUCGAAGACCUGGUUGCUACAGUUUACACCUACCCAGUUGGAUGCGGAUGCGGACGAGUAUAGUGUGACCAGAUUGCUGGAGGCGUACCUGCUAUGGUUGUUUGGUUACAUCAUGUUCAACAACACCCAUGGCAACUCCGUCGACAGGAUCCUACUUCCAUACGCACGAGAGAUUGCGGAUGCAGAGGAUGACUUACCGCCCUACAGUUGGGGUUCGGCGGUAUUGGCGGCCACCUACCGUGGACUCUGCGAUGGGUGCAGCAAGACCGAUGGUGAGGUUAUUUUCUCGGGGUGCCCACUCCUGCUUCAGCUUUGGUCAUACGAGAGAAUAGCGGUUGGUCGCCCUAUCGUGAGCCAGGAGCCAUACCACGACAUCUUGUACGGCGACGACGAGGAGGGUUGGCCCACGAUGGGUACCCUCUGGAACUGGCGUCAGAGAUCUUGGGCACAUGCCCAGGUUAGGCGUGCAUAUCCUGAGUUCGUGUCGGAGCUGGAUAUGCUGACGCCAGCGGACAUUAUCUGGGAGCCAUACACCUCAGAGGCGGUGGCGAGACGUGCACCUUUAGGCCUGUCUCCACACUGCUCUGCGAAUGCGGGCAUGUGGCUUACUACAGCCGUCCUUGUUUACGACAUCGCGGUUGAGGCGCAUUGCCCGCACAGGGUCAUGAGACAGUUUGGACAGCGACAGGAGUUUCCGGUGGCCACGGCUUUGGACCGAGUCGAACGGCACAACCACAGGUUGUCGAGGAGUGGCAUGCUGUGCUCAGCCGUUUGGCUCACCACGAUGCAACCGUGGUUGGAGCAAUGGGACGAUGCAGAUGAGAACAUGGUCGAGCCGACAGGACCACACACAGACAGCUCUUUCAGGGCUUACCUCACCUGGUACUUGCCUCGGACUUGGGCUCGUUUGGUCUUUCCUGACACGAACCCGCAGCCACACCAGGCGAGUCUUCGGGAUGGCUACGCCAAGCACCACGUGGAAGCACUAGCUGGCGCGUUUCGACUUUGCAACAUGAUGGAGGCGGACUGCUCCGCUUACCUCACGAGGGUGGAUCACAGUUCCCCUAUGACCCAGGUUGAGCAGAGAGAGGCAUGGUCCAGACACCGUGACCACUUGCGUACAGUACUGCACGACUUUGGUAGCCGUGUGGACUAUGAAGAGAGCCAAGGAUCGUCCCAGGCCUCGACGUCGUUCCCGUGUCCGGCGACGACGCACGAGCCGACCUCUCAGCCAGAUCAGGGACGCCAGUGGAACACUACUGCAGGUAACGUGGAUACUGAAUUUAAAUAAUAUCAAUUUUUGCUAUACUUUUACUAAUCG